UCAUGGCUGCUAAGAACCUUUUAUUUUCCAAGGAAAUAUUCUUCAAAUGGUGAAAAUUAUUGAACAGGAUAGAGAUGUGGAAUCUGAGAUUAAAUUUCAUUGCCUAUCCAUCUGGAAACAAACUCAUAACAAAAUUGCCCUCUGCCUGUUUCCAUUUCCUUUCCUGUUAACGUUAUUUUACUGCCUGCACUCAUGGAUCCUUCAAGAAUUUCACUCCGUCCCUUUAAUUGUUCCGAUGUUGACGAGUUCCUGAAAUGGGCUAGUGAUGAUAGAGUAACUAGAUAUCUAAGAUGGAACACCAUUGCCUCCAGGGAAGAAGCUUUAGAAUAUAUAGAGAAGGUUGCCAUCCCCCAUCCUUGGCGUCAGUCCAUAUGUUUGGAUGAUCGUUCAAUAGGAUACGUAUCAAUCAGGCCAGAAUCAGGGGAUUGUAGAUGCAGAGCACCUGUUGGCUAUGCAGUAUCUGCAGAACACUGGGGACAAGGGAUAGCCACAAUUGCAUUGAAGAUUGCAGUUUCAAGUGUGUUCAAAGAUUUUCCUGAUUUGGUCAGGCUUGAAGCCCUUGUAGAGGUAGAGAAUAAGGGAUCUCAAAGAGUACUUGAAAAAGUUGGGUUCUUGAAAGAAGGUUUCUUAAGGAAAUAUGGGUAUUGUAAAGGUGAAAUUAGAGACAUGUUUAUCUACAGCUUCUUAUCAUCAGACAUGUUUCUGUGAACUGUCCAUGCCUACUUCAUCUUUUUAAGCUUUUUCUUAUGGUUGAUGAAUUUUAGAUGUAAUAGAAUGCUCAUUAGUCAUUACUGAAAUUAAGAAUGGAACUUCUUGAUCUAUGCUGGUAAUGACAAGCAAUCAACCCUUUUCAUAACACUUGAUAACAAACAAAAUUACAGGAUCAGUAGAAAGAAAAUUAUCAUUUGAGCAUCCCACUCUCAAAACCAGAUAUUCAUUCCUCCCGCAGGGAACCUUUCCAAAUUUUCUUUAAUUCAUGUUGUUCAAAGAGAUCACUCCAAAUCAAUCAUCGUUCAGGGACAGAUUGCAAAAGAUUACAAUCUACUCUCUCUCAGUUGUUGCAUACUCUUAAAUAAAAUUAGCAUUGAAUAAUCUUCCAAAAUUUAAAAAUGUCAGUUCUUGAUCUUUGCUGG